UGCUUCUGCUUCUUCCUCCCCUCCUCCAUUGUUCCCGCCCCUUCUGGUCUCCGCCGGCUGCCGCCGUUGCAGCUUCUACCUCCGGCCCCUUCCCCUUCCGCCGCCUCCAUCUCAGGCUCUCCGGCGGCUGAGCGCGGAGAGCGCCUCGCCCUGCCCAGCCCCCGUCUUUGUGGGGAGGAGAGUCCCCGGGCCCCCCGGCGCCAUGUCCCGGUACACGCGGCCUCCCAACACCUCGCUGUUCGUCAGGAACGUGGCCGACGCCACCAGAAAAUGUAAAGCAGUCCACAGUGGCUGGCAAGCACCCCAAAGUUUGAAUGAACCUGGUUAGAUAGAGUCCAAGCAGGCAAGCCAAAAGACACCUUAAAGUUCAAGCUUCAAGGAAUAAAGAGGGAGGGUGGAAAAAGAUAAAAAGAAAACUGGAAGAGGGGAAGUCCUUUUUCAAGGAAAAGACAAAGCCACAACACCAAGUUAAGGCUUCGGCUUUCCGACAUUUGCUCAAGUUCCAAAGUCAAAGCCAAGUCUGAUUUGGUUGGUUCUCCGGCCCUUGUCAAGUCCAUCUAGCAAGCCCUAAAGAGUAAAGGUCAAGAUCAAGUGACGUGGAGGUAACUGCCAAAGUUUCCUUUUGUAUCUUAUCGCUCAAGCUCUUACGUUGCAGUCAAGAAUUUGUUUGUUUAUAACUGUUUUAGUUUAAAAUAUUGCUUCCUUAAAUUGGUACAAGAGAACUGUAUGCAAAUAUUUGUUCGCUUUUCAAUGAGUCAUUUCCCUAACAGAAUAGAUUUCAUUGGAAUACUGAAAUAUAUCAGUAAUUAAGAUGAUCUGGUGACAUUUUUUGUGGCAUUUACAGCUAUUUGUUUUAAAUAUUGGGAAUAAAGGAGGAGGAAAAACAAGCCAGCUGUUUAUAGAUAUGAACAAUGUCUGCAGUAAAUCAGAACAGAAGUAAUGAACUGAGGCUGCUUACCUGAGAGUAUGCCACAUUUACUUCAGUAGGACUUCCUCCUUAGUAGAUAUGGUUAGGAGUACACAUCUAGAUAGUAUUAUUUUCCACAUCUAGGUAAUAUUUCCUAUUAAUGCGUCAAGUUUAAAGGGCCUUCAAAUAAGGUGCACACCUUAAAUAUUCUUGCUUUAGUUCAGUUAUGCAUUACAGAUGUAGGGACUCCAAAAUACACAGAGAGUCCCUUCCUACCAUUCUUUUGCCAUUCAGAUCUGUAGAGAAACAACUCUGUGUGCCCACAGACAUGACAUUGAAAUGGAGGGUAAACCACUGUGUGUGGGAAUUUCAUGUGCAUUUCAGUGUACACAUGAGUUUCUGAAUAAGGGCACCUAUUUUUUAAAGGCAUUUAUUAUUACCUUGUUUCUGCAUGUCAUUGAGCUGCCUCAUACUUUUUGUGGCAGUCCAGGUAUACUGAUUGGUACUUGCUGUGACACACAUACAGAGUGCGAAAGGAAGAUGCACAUCUUGCAGAAUUUUGCGGGCCUUGACACUUAGUGGGUUCCCUUGAGAAAGAUGGGGCUUGCAAAACAAAGCGGGGAUGACAACAUGACUAGGGCAGUGGGCCCUGGCAGAUGCCUGAGUUUGCCAUUCUCUGGAGUCAACACUGUUUUGAAAUAUGCAUUGUACCUUGCCGGGGAGUUGUGGCUAAUCCUAGUUUCCCAGCGUCCUUGUGGUUGUGUGUCGUCCUUCCAUUCAUCUAUGUAUAUACCACCAAACACACUGCUGGAGUUCUGCUGUAUUUGAGUGGCAAUAUAAAGUAUGAAGCAGCUCUCAGCUUAAGUGGCAUAUCAAAAUAACUCUUGCUUUUUAAAGUAUCUGGAGUAAUUUGGUCUAUGUUACAUGAUACAAUUUUUUGCUUUGUGCAUGUUUAAAGCGUCCUUAACAGACAGUCAUGUUUGAAGAUGUUCGUGAUGCAGAAGAUGCUCUUUAUAACCUCAAUAGAAAGUGGGUAUGUGGCCGGCAAAUUGAAAUACAGUUUGCACAAGGUGAUCGCAAAACACCAGGUCAGAUGAAAUCGAAAGAGCGCCGCCAAUGUUCUCCGAUGGACUAUAGAAGGUCAAGAAGCCGUAGCCGAAGGAGGACACGUAGCAGAAGUUCUUCAUGGGGCUGGAGCAGGAGACAUUCUGAUAGUUUUAAAGAGUCAAGGCGUAGACGACAUUCUUACAGCCAAUCUAAGUCUCGCUCAAAAUCUCUUCCAAGGCAUUCCAGCUCGCCCAGACGAUCCAUCACCCCGCAGAGAAAUUCUAGUUCUAGGGGAAGGUCGCGAUCCAAGUCACCCCACAGAAGUUCCAAAUACGUUGAAAAGUCGCCAUCCAGUUCCCAUCGAAGACGUUCCGGUUCGAGAACAAAGUCACGAUCACAUCCAAAACGAUCCGGCUCAGCUACCAGAUCCCUGUCGAAAUCCCCUCGGAAACAUACUAAUUCCAGUUCUCGCUCACACUCUAGGAGCUUCUAUCAGAGAAACAGCAACCAGUCAGUAUCUGAAGAAGAUUAAUGCCUCUGUUUCUUUAACACCAUUUUUUUAUGAGCACAAAAUAAGAACAGAAAUUGUCCAAAGCUUAUAUGAUAUGUAAGGUAACUGAUAAAUGAGAGGUCUUGCUAUGUGCCCUUUCAGUCCCUGCUUCAGUGUGCAGAACUCCAUUUUUUUUUUAAAAAAAGAAACAUUUACCUAGUCUAGAUUCUAUUUCCCUGUACCUGGAACCCAAUAGUAGGCAAUCCUGUGCCCAAGUUAAGCUCCCUGCAUCCAUGGAAGCUGUCGUUAGUCCUGGCAGUGAUGUAACUUCAGCUGCUGAAAGGCCAAUCAGCUUUCCUUAUCAGAAUUGUUAUUGCCCUUUCUUGCAGUUGGCAGAACCUAAUGUCAGUUUAACAUUGUGCUGGAUAGAAGCUGUAUAAGAGGUUUCCUCCUGUUUAUGUGGGGAUAGAGGCAGAGCCAUUCAACCAUGCCCUCCUUAGCUCUCACAUAAUGCUUUUGUAGAUAUUGUAGUGCAAGCAAGGCUUGUGCUGCAUAUCUCCACCUGGAAAAGGGCAGAGCUGCUCAACAAGUAGCCUUUUGCUAUUCGUUUUAACGUGACAUGAAUUAGAUUAAGCUACAGGUUGAUUUGCUUCAUUUUGCUGUUUUCUUUGGCAUUAUUUUUCUGCCUGCUUUAUUGUCAUACCAAGAAUAACCAAUUCAAAUCUGAGUCUACUGUUCUUGUAUGUUCUUUGGGUAAUUAGGGUAUUUUGUUGAGGGUGGCAUAAUGUGUGUGUUGAGUUUGAAAUGCCAUUUCAAAUUCAGGUGGUCUAAUUGUUUCAGAUUAGAGAAGUACAUUAGCAGGCUAGUAUGGGAAAUUUUGUAUAACAUAGGGUAGUUGGAAUCUCACAUCCUUCCGAGUUUAUGUUUUUUAAAAUAAAAUUUAUAUUUAAAAGCCUAGCAAUUUAUUUCCAUUUGGGGCUCCAUUUUGAAAGAGAAGUGCUAACUGAUCUUAAUUAACUUAUAUCAAAAUCCUGAUCUAUAGAUCUGCAAGCACAUUAAAGCUUUUGGAACUAAAUUUUCUUGUCAAAUAGAUGAUAGGCGAGAGGGGGAAGGAGUACCCAGGUAUCCUUUCCUUUCCUUCACAAACGUAUAAGCUGUGCAUGCAGAUUUGGCAAUGUGUUGGGUUGGGGUGCAUUUCAGUCUGGUCUGAAUAUGCAGCAGAAUGAGGUAUAAGUAAAGGGCUGGAUUAGAUUGUACUGCUUCAUAUGGGCAAUACCACUUUUGAAUGCUCUCCCUGUUUUUUUAAUUCCCAAAGGCAAUGAAAAUAGAAAGUCAUAUCAGGCAAAUAGUUUGGCUAUAACCUACUCCCUGUUGUACUUACCUUCUAUUGGUAGGGAGUGUUUAACAUAAGGGAACAUUCAAAAUGUGAUUUAUCUACAAACCGGAAUUGGUACAGUUCACUCUAUGAAAACAUUCUGCUGUAUAUGUAAGAUACAGCCUUUGAUCCUGUACAGUGGUCUCUUAGCAUUUGCAAAGUGGAUGAUUAUCACAUUGUCAGUCACUGGAUUGUGACCAAUCUUAGUAGAAAGCAGUCUAAUAAUACGUAAUGGAAAUUAAAAAAGUGAUAAUUGGUUAUAUAAAGUCAUUUUGUAAUACUGUAAUAUAAGUUGUUAAGCACAUGCUUUUCAUGUGUAGUCAAAACAUUUUUGUGAAAUCCUUAAAACAGUAAUAUUUGUAGUGUAAGACUUGCUACAUUAUAUAUUUUCAAACUGUCAUUGUAUUAUGAGAUUAAUGUAGAAGACACCUUCUUCAAACAUUUUAAAGUUCUGAGCCCCUGAAACUAUUGAACUAUUGAGUAUAAAAUAAUUAUUGGCUUGUGUAACCCAAGUAACAGAAGGUAUUCUGAAAAUAUUUUGUAUUUUAUAAUACGUUACGUUUGCAUUGUGUAGUAAUGUUUGGGAACCUAUAAUUUGUGUUUAAGUGUAUAGUACUAGCUGUGAUGUCUGUUACAUGGUACAAGCAUUGUAUUAAGUAACUGUGGUGGCAGUAAAACCACGUUUCACUUCAUGAGCAAUUAUACAAUUUUGUGUUGGAAAUAGCAUUAUUGUUAUUUCAUAACUUAAGAUAUUAUUUUCAAUAAAACACAUGAAGUUC